AUGUUUACUCUCAAGUCAUUCGCGGCCGUCGCCGUGGUCUUGGGCCUAGCCCAGGCCGCACCGUCCAGUGCCGCCGUGCCCCGCGACAUCACGCUGCUGCUGCUCUGCAACGACGCAAACCUGGGCGACUGCUUGGAUUUCCAGACCGAGAUCGAUCUCUGCAAGAACAUUCCCGAUGGGUUCGACAACUCCGUAAGCUCGGUCAACACCUUCUCGGACUUCAAACUCUGCAACUUUUACAACAACCCGGACUGCAACGAGGAUGCCGGCUCUAUCACGCUGGGUGGCGUGCAGAACACACUGUCGGCUGAGUUUGAUGACAAUUUCAGCUCUGUAAAGUGUCUGCGCAACAAAUGA